AUGACAGAUUUAGAACUAUACCUCAACGUGCGAAUACCUAAUGGCAGAUUUUCGUAUCGUCCGUAUGAGCAAUUUUCAUAUCCUCCUCCUCCUCCAUAUUCUCCUUGGUACGUCCCUUUUUCGUAUCGUCCGUAUGAGCAAUUUUCAUAUUCUCCUCCUCCUCCACAUUCUCCUCCCCCUCCUCCAUAUUCUCCUUGGUACGUCCCUUUUUCGUAUCGUUCGUAUGAGCAAUUUUCAUAUCCUCCUCCUCCACAUUCUCCUCCUCCUCUUCCAUAUUCUCCUUGGUACGUCCCUUUUUCGUAUCGUCCGUACGAGCAAUUUUCAUAUCCUCAUUUGUACCCUCAUUUGUACGAGCCUUUUUCAUACCCAUAUCCGUAUGGCCCUUCUUCAUCUCCUCCUCCUCCACCCGGCGGCGAUUGCCGAGUUCCACGGGAGCAUAGCAAAGAAGAAGAAAAAGUAGAAUUAGAGGUGGAAAUCAUAAAGUACCUGGAGAAUUUUGUGCAUGUGACUGUAUCCAGAAUUGUUGAAAUAUAUUCUAGUGAACAAGGAGAAGAAGAAGUAAAAUUAGAUGUGGAAAAGGUAAAGGCCUUGCAGGAUUGUGUACAAGGAGAAGAAGAAGUAAAAUUAGAUGUGGAAAAGGUAAAGGCCUUGCAGGAUUGUGUGUAUGUGUUUAUUGCUGAAAUAUGGUCCAAUGAAAAAGAAGUAACAUUAGAGGCGGGCUUGGUAAAGGCUCAACUGGAUUGUCAGCAUGCGUUUUUGUCCAGGAUUUUUGAAAUAUUGUAUGACUCAAAUUUCAGACUAGAUGAAAAAGGAAAAAUCUCACAAGACACUAUUAAGAAGAAGAUUGUUGAAAUAGUGUUUGGCCCAAAUUUUGAACUAGACAAGGACACUAAAAAUGCAAGAACUACCCCACACGACACUCUUAAGAAGAAGAAGGAGGAGGAUGAUUAA